CACUCUAUGAAGUUGCCAUGACGACGGCAUCGCCAUGGCGAUGUAGUAGCUGGAAGCAAAAGGGGAUGUAACGAGGCUCCAAGAGAAGGGAAAAGGACAUUUGAAAGCCUACUCUCUUCCUAGAAGGUUGAUUUGAAGGAAAUGGAAGUGGUAGAAGAGGAGUCUGCGGGUUCAGUGGAAGCAAGCACACUAGAGGAUUUGGAGCCUCAAGAGGAACCAGUAACUUUCAACCCUCUCCUGAGGGCCGCUCUGACUGGAGACACAGAAGGGGUGCAACAGAUUUUUGAUGACCCAGAGGAUCCUGAUCGUGAAAAGGCCACUGAGCUACUGAUGGAAAAGGACAUUGUAGGGAGGGAUCUGUUGUAUGCGACUUGCAUGGCUGGCCAGAGUGAUGUUAUUCGAACACUGGCAAAAUAUGGAGUGGAUUUGAAGGAUAAGACAGCCAGAGGUUAUACACUCCUGCACUGUGCUGCUGCCUGGGGGCAACUGGAAACUCUGAAAACUCUCAUAGAACUGGAAGCUGACAUAUAUGCAACAACCUUUCAGGGUGAAAAGGCUAGAGAUAUUGCCAACCGCUAUGAGCAGACGGAGUGUGUAGAAUUCUUGGACUGGGCAGAAGCCAAACAAAACUUAAGAAUGCUUAUCGCCCAAAUCCAGGCAACUAUUACAGAUCCUGAGAAAGUCCAGGGAAGGCUUAAUAAAGAAGACAAGAGCAUAUCUAACAAAGCCUGCCAGGCCAAGACAGAGUGGCUUGAAAAUACUAAGGAACCUACUUUGCAAGACUUCUUGGAUCAAAAGCAGCUGCUAGAAGACAUAAUGCUUCCCAUCUUCACCAAGCUAGCUACUCCCCGUACGCAAGAAUCCAGUGUCAGCAAAAAAGCCGCCUGAAUUCCACCUGUUAAGUGAACCUCUCAGCUGUAAAUGAAGUUCCAGAAUGCUGAUCUUUGAGAUCUACUUCAGAAAGGUUGAAGUGACUGUCCAAGGACCAUCCGGGAUGUGGCAAAUAUCUCCAAGGGUAUCAGUUACAUUUUUACUAUGAGUACCAUUUUUGUUUUAACUGCUUCUGAUGUUACCCAAGAAUGCUACAAUUCUAUUCUCCAGUGCCCCAUCUUCCUACUACAUUUAAUAAAAGAAAUGUGCUUGGCUUGGUGUGGGGGAGGAAAGGAUUUACAUGCAUAACAGAACCAUGAACAGAGUCUACCAGCCUGCACAUGACUGCACUAAAGCAUAUCACAUCAAGGUGGAAGAAUAUAAAGUAACAGCAAAGUGGCAACACAGAAAGGACAGGGUUGUCGAAAUAGAAAGCAGUGGGGUGGAAGAUGGAAGUAAGCAGAUUUAGAAGAAGUUGUACAUUCUAUGCAGCACCCUAAUAACACUUCCAACCCCCGAUCCCCUACAAUUCAUCUGUUCUGGGCAGCUGAAAUUUUAAAAUCUCUUGUUUAAUUUACAAGUUCUUUAACCCUGAUCUACAUUAGGGACUUGCAUGUGUACUCCGCAAAUCUGCAGAUCUACAAUACCAAGCCAGCUUCAAAGACAGCACCUUGUGCAUAUGAAAACCAAGGAUUCAUUUGUGUGUAAUCUUAUGAAAAUAAAUUCCAUCAAUAACAUUCUAAAUUUAGUUUUGGAAGUAUAAUUUUUUUCCAGAACAGCAGUAAAGUUAUUUCUCCAAUAUUUCAUUUUCAGUACAAGGGGCAUUUGGAUGUUCUAUUUAGGACAACAGUUUUUUCCUUUAUUUAUAUCCUACUUUUCUCUCCACAGUUGAGACUUAAAGUGGCUUAGAGCACUGCUUGCCCCUUCUCUAUUUUCUCUCACAGCCCUUUGAGGUAGGCCAG